UUUUCUUCUUAUUUUUGACUUACCAUGUAGGCUACUGGCUUGACCACAUGGCUGUUGAAGUGCAAUCACAAGGUUCUGAAUUACCACCCAUGGAGUCGCGACGUAUCGCGACGUCCCAAACCGUGGAAAUCCCUAAGGAGUCUGUGCGACACCGACUGGCCAAGUCUACGCGAUGUCUUCGUGCCCGAGAUGCUGCGGCGAGCCUUUGCAAGGAUGACUGAAGCCUUCUGCCCUGAGUACUGCGAGAGCGAGCAGGAACUCUUGGAUCGCUUCGACAAGCUCGAGCCAGAGCAUGGUCGUGUCAUUGCCUUCUUCCUGGUCUUCAACGACCUCGUCGUUCAUCGGCUCGCGAACCUGGGACCUGGAGAAGCUGGUCGCGUCAGCAAACUGAAGGAACAGUACGACCGCUGCUGGGGGCAAAUCUCCUCCGAGACGUGCAUCCAAGUGAUGGAGGGCAUCAAGCGGAUCCGCUCCACUUCGUCAGUGGAGGAGAUGAUCAGGGAGCUCCUGCCACAGGUCCAACGCCGUGAAGAUGUCGUGGAGCUGUUGCUUUGGGCGUCAAAGCAUGGCCACAACCCCAAGGCCAUCCAGGAUUGGCCCAAGUUUCCACUCUCUGCCUGGCCUUGCACCAAAGCCUGGCAGAAGCAUCUCCACGUGCGACGGCACUUGCGGCAAGAGACCUUGGCCGAACUCCAGCGGGCGACUCCGCUGGCAGCCCUACAGAGGCUGCUUCAGGUCUCCUUAGAAGAUGCACCUCUGGAUCCACCGCUGGAUCACACCAAGACGGACUCCGAGAUGGCCAAGGCAGAAGAACACGCCUCCAGGCCAGACAGCUCCAUGCACCAGGCGAAACGCCAGAAGAAAGCCGAGGCGACCGUGUCGGCGACCGCGGUGCAGUUGAAAGUCCACCUGUCGGAGAAGUUUGGAUGGGAGAAAAGCGACUACGACGUCCUCUUGGACGAACACCUGACAGUCGCGGACUUGAAGACCCUCAUCGCCGAAGAGACAGGCCUCCCAGAGCAGCAGCUGCGCCUGGUGCUGCGGAAUGCACCCAUCGCCACGGCGGACAGAGGCGAAAAGAACACCGCGAAGACGGGCGAACGCAGCGACGUGACGUUGCACGCCGCGGAAAAGCUUUGCUCUUGGCACCUGGAGGAUCCGGACGUCUUCCUGGAUGUGAAGAAGAAGCAGCGAGCCGGAAAGAAGCUGGGAGCUCCUGGUAAUGGAUGGUUGAAGAAGCGAUCCAAAGGGCGGACCUGCACGAUGUCCUUGGCCGGUGCCAUGGUGCGGCAAAUGAUCUUCGACCGCGCACAGCAGUUCUGCGUCAAGGUGGAAGAGUCGCAGAUUCCAGGUCUGGUGCGUGGACUUUGCGAACUGCUCCAGAGCUCUGCCGUGGUCUUGGCCGCUGCUGAUGACGAGCAGCUGCGUGCGGCGGAGGAGGGCUCCGCGCGGCGCUUGACCUUCGUCACGGAAAUCGAUGACCCCGACUAUGACCCGAGCCAGGUCCCCACGGUCGAGGAACCGCCGCGGACGGAACCUCCGCGGAGGGAACAGCGGCGCGGCCGGCCGGUGGAGGAGGAGAAGCCGGACAUCAUCCCUGCGACGGUGGACAUCCCUGCAGAGGCCAAGGGUAGCAAGUUGCUCUUCGUGCUGGGCGGCGACAUGCUCCGCGAGACCAGUUCCGUCACCAAGGUGAUCUGGGCUUUGAAGGACGAGGAGCCUGUCAUCGUCUUCCACUUGGCGACCAGUACCAGGCAUCGGCUGCACCUGCCAUCCUUGGGUUUGGUGGUUCGGAUCAAGGACCGCUUUGGAUGCCGAAUCCCAGAGCUUCCAGUCGAACUCCUGGAGCAAAUCUUGGCGGUUCGAGCUGGACAACAAGGCCCAUGAACGAAGGGACGGGCACGCGUACGCCCCCCUCCCCGCUGGUGCUACAAGAGCUGGAUGUUCUGAGCUUGCGAUCCAUGGUUGAGUGAAGCGAGUCUUUGUCCAGCCAAGAGGAAUUUGGUGUC